UGCUGUUUUGUCUGUGAAUUCCCAGAAAUACGCAUAUAACCACACUUUAUGUUACCAUUUAAUUUCGUAUUGGGUCAGAGUCAAGAACAGGGAGACUGUAUAGUCUCCAUGGUCAAGAAGAAGAAGUCAGAAUAUUUUAACCUCAGUUACCUGCUAUAUACAGGAUGUUUAAAUUAGGUUUAAGAGUUAUUAGAGCCCCUGACUGGUCUUUGAAAGAAGAAGAUGGUGGUGAAAAUUACACGGGAACUUUGUAUCAAGUAAAUAAUGCUGAUAAAACUGCAAUUGUACAGUGGGACAAUGGAAAUCAAACACUAUAUAAAAUUGGGCAAAACGGCACAUAUGAGUUGCUGAUUAUUGAUAAUGCGCAAAUUGGUAUUAGACACAAACGCAUUCAGUGCAAUAUAUGUUCUUCUGAUGGUAUAAGAGGUCCAAGGUAUAAAUGCAAUAAUUGUAGUAACUAUGAUUUAUGCGAUUUAUGUUAUCUCAGAAGGGAACAUAAUCCAAGCCAUAGUUUUAAAAGAAUCGAACCUCCAAUAACAAAAGAAACAGAUCUAUCAUCUCUGCCUGGAUCGAGCAAUCAAGAAGAUACCAUGAAUAUAGGUACUGUGUGCGAUGGAUGCAAUUUUCCAGACAUACGUGAUGUAAGGUAUAAGUGCAUUAAUUGUUAUAAUUAUAACCUAUGUGACUUUUGCUAUCGUGGAAAUAUCCAUGAUCUGAGUCACAGAUUUAGUAGAAUCGAUUCCCCAAAUGGUCCAAGAACUGAUUUACCACCUCGUCUAACUUCUAGAACGAAUCAAGCUCAAGGUUCAGUACACGAUGGUAUUCAAUGUGACGAGUGUAAAUCUUUAGACAUACUUGGAAUAAGAUACAAGUGUAAAAGUUGUCGAAACUAUGAUUUAUGUGAUCCAUGCUAUCGUGGAAACGCGCAUGACCUGAGCCAUUGCUUUAUUAGAAUUGACUCGCCUAACUGUGUAGGAAUUUACCUACCACCCCGCUUAGUUACAAUGACAAAACAGAAACUAGGUACUGUUCACAAAAAUAUUGAAUGUAACGCCUGCCAUUAUAUUAACAUACGUGGAAUAAGAUAUAAGUGUAAAGAUUGCCGUGAUUACGACUUAUGUGUCUUCUGCUAUCAUGGUAACAAGCAUGACCUGAGCCAUAGAUUUAGUAGAAUUGACUCGCUUAAUUGUGUAGGAAUUGAUUUAAUACCUCGCUCCACUUCAAGAAGCAAUCAGAAACAAGAUUCUGUACACAGACGUAUUCAAUGUGACGAGUGUAAUAUCUUUAAUAUACGAGGAAUAAGAUAUAAAUGUAAUAUUUGCCGUAAUUAUGAUUUAUGUGAAAGAUGUUACAAUGCAAAUAAACAUGAUGUACAUCAUAAUUUUAAAAGACUUGAUUGUCCUAAUUCUGUAGGAGUUAUUUUACCACCCCGUGUAACUUCCAGGAGAGAUAAUGGGGCAGAGGGUAAUUUAUUUUAUUAAACUGAAAAAACUAAUUGUUUAACAAUUUUUUCGCUUAAAAUUUGAGUCACAGUUAAACGAUAUGGCUAGUUUAUGGUAUGGGUAACAAAAAAAAUAAUGUUAUCGGUAUAGAGACCGGACAGAAGUUAACGACUGUAGAAUCAAUCUCUAGGUCCCAGACAGUGAAUCCUGUAUACUUUUAAUUCACUAAAGGCAUUUAAAAUAUUUGUGAUAUUACAAAAAUAAUGACACGUCUCACCUAUAAUGGCGCCACAACCAAUUAGAUUACACAUACCUGUUAACAUCAGCUGGUUUGCCAGUGGCAUAUGGUUGCAUAUACAUUAGAUAUAAAGGACAAGAGGGGUCUUUCUAAUUGUUGACAAUGCUCACAGUUUUAGGGGAAGUUAGGGUGUCUGUGGCCAGGGGGCAGUGGGAUUGACGCCAUCAAAUCUAAGAAAUGUUGCCUCAGAAAGAGGUAAUUCGUUGCUUAAAUUGUUAUAAUAGUGUAACAAAAGUAAUAAAUGUAAUAAACAAUAAUGAUACAUACUUAAUUAGUUAGA